AUGAGCCAAGCUAAUGAGGGUGUGUUUGUUCCCAAGCUACAUCUCUCGCCACGUGUUGAGCUCCUCAUAGGAGGUGCUAACACACUAGCACUUCCAGCAGUACCUCCAGGUACUUGUCUCAUGGAUUACGUCGAGAGAGUGCUGGAAUUACUUGAGGAGAAAGUGAGGAAAUCGGUGUUGUGUUUUGAAACUAGAAAGCAGUUCGUUGCUCAGGUUUUGUGUUUUUUUUGGUUGCGCGUGAUUGAGUACGAUGCAGAGCGUUUCAACAAGGUUGUUCUCUUUGAUGUGAAGGACUUUCAUUUUUUAACCUUUAUUAACUUGGGCCCCUCUUUCCCCCGUGAUUAUUGUCUAUAAUUACAGCAACAAGCACCAAAGAUUGUGCUGCAGUCACUGUAUCAUAACAGCCCUCGAGAGCCAUACUCCAAGGAACUCACAGAACAGAGAUACAACCCCCAAUGGACUCCAGAAGAGAUGGUGAAGAACAUAAAGGAAGUGAUCCUUGCAAAUGUUUCUGCAUUUCAGCAAUCAUCCAUUAGGACAUCCUGAAAAAAGUAUAUAUAAUUUGAAUAUACAUUGAGGUUUAAAGCCCAGUUUCUUUUGUGACAGGUAUGGGGGUUGACUUAUUUGUGGGUAAUAUUUUCAAAUGGUUAAAAUGUUGAUACCUGUAAUAUAUCUGUAAUUAGUUUUGUUUUUUCUGCCCUUGCAGUCCAACCUGGACUCAGGAUUUUCUGUUGAUUACAUAUUUGACCAGGCUCUUGUUGUUUGCAGCCUGUUUCUAUGAUCCCUGCACUGUGGGUGAUAACAUUAGAGGAGUAUUGAAGUAGGGCUAUUAGCUCAUGCUAGGCAAGUCUUGCUAAAACCAUAUGAACAUAAGAAUAAAGGAGCACUGCAGUAGGCCCAUGCUAGGUAGGACCUUCUCAAACCCAACCCUUUUCACUUUAUUUAUCCAGCUUGUAUUUUAAAGCCAUUUCCACCAAAAAAGAAAGAAAAUGCCUAUACUUUAUUGUUGAAAUGUUUCACCUACACAGUAGACCUCUUCAGAAGCCAACAAGUUGAUGAUUAAGACGUGUGUAACAAUAAAGAUACCUAACUGUUGCACAUGUGUCUUAAUCAUCAACUUUUUGGUAUUUUAUACCAUUUUCAACAUAACCUUCACUUUACCAUUCACUCAAUUACUGUCUUGCCAAAAGUCUGCUAACAUCACAGUACAGAUGACCCUCCAAUUAAGAUUAUCUCCACUUGUCCUUCAGUGUUUCAGUCACUUUCCUUUCCACUUCCAAGACUUGAAUUUGAUUAACCGGUUUUCCUGAAUGUCUUCUUAAAUGUUAUCUUGCUUACACUCCAACAGCACGUCAAGCCAUAAAUAUCACUUGUCUCCACUCUCUUUGAUCUAAAAUGCUCACACAAGCUUGCUAUAUGCUUAAGCCCCUAGCACUUUAAAUCUCCUUCAUCCCCUCCCUCUAACCACUCUGAUACAGCCUCUGUUUCUCCCUCCUUCCUUCCAUCCUCAAUUUAUACACCCUUAUAAUUAUCCUGUUUUUCUCUCUCGACCUCUUCUCAGUCCUCCAAGAACAGGUUCUCUGCAUAAUAUUCACACUACAUUGUCCUCAAACAUGACAUCACUGCCUCUAGUCUCCUGUUCACUGUAAUGUUUAAAGCCUGUGCCUUAUACUCUGUAUAACAUUGUCGAUAUCAUUACUGUCUGGUACCUCUACCCCCUCUCCCUUUUGUUAUUUUUCCUCCAUGGAUAAAGUUUUAUUUCCACACAUGCUUCAAUGCAUCCCCCUCCCCCUCAUCAUGUAUUUUAUGGUUGACCUAAUCUUUCAUAGACCCAACUAUUGAUAAAUCAACCCCAAAUAUUUGAAAAAAUUUUGCUUCCUCCAUACUUUCUCCCUUCAUUGUCAUAUCUGAUUUUCCACUUCGUAGAUUUUUUGUUCCUCUCAUCACCUUGUUCUUUCCUGUGUUUGCUUUUAAUUUCCCACUUUUACACAUCUUUCUAAAUUUAUUUACAAACCUUAGUAACUUUUCUAGAAAGUCUCCCAAAAGAACCAUGUCACUGACAGGAUAGGUAAAUGAAAAUGAUUUUAGUCACAAAAAAAUGCUCAUACAAUGCUUCAUGGAGAAAGUUGCUAAAGUCUGGGGAAGGAAGUGUAAAGGGGGGAGCUUAUAAUAUAUCUAGGAAAUUUAAAGGUUGUGUAAAUAAGCAGUUUUGUGCAAAUGAAAACACACUGAGAACUAAAUUAGAAUAGAAAUUAUUAAAUAUUAAUAUGUAGGUACACAAAAAUGGUGCUUCACUUAAGUGCAGGUUAUGAAUAAUUUUUAUCUAGUUGUAUUCACAUGUAUCACUAUUACAUAUAGUAUUAAUAUGUACCAGAGAUAAAAGACCUUGUUUAUUUGCUAUUAAUUUGAUUUUCCAAUUAUUGCAUUUUGAAUUUUUUUGUAUUUUUUACUUUUGUAUUGUAGAUUACAAAGCUCAAAGGAGCCUUAAUUAAAAAAGAAAAAUGUAACCCAUAUUUAUUAAUAAAUUUGUUAAUACA